AUGGGUCUCAACAUGUUUCAGUUCGGCCUUCGGGUCUGGCAGUUCGUUUGGACUCUUCUCAUCAUGGCCUUGAUCGGUGACAUGAUCGCGGACUCAUUUGCUGGAAAUCCCUCCGUCAUCAACUACACGAUGUUCGUGUCGGCAUUUUCAAUGCUCUCUCUCUUCUACCUCUUCCCGGCCUCGUUCAAUCCCGAUUGGGCAAUCAGCCCAAUCAUCAUGAUCAUCGUGGAUGGCCUCAACGCCGUCUUCUUCUUCUGCGCCGCUGUCGCUCUCCCUUCGUACCUGCACGUCCACUCGUGCAACAACACUUCAUAUCUGGUCAGCAACUCCAUCACAAAUGGUUCAUACAACAUGACCCAGCGCUGCCGCGAGGCUCAAGCCUCGACUGCCUUCCUGUGGUUUGGCUGGGUUGGCUACAUGGCCUCCUUCAUCAUCUCCAUCCUCAUGUCUCGCUCUGCUGGCUCCAAGCUCGGCUCUGCCGGUCGCCGUCGCCCCAACAUGGCCCAGGUUUAA